AUGAGGCAGUAUCACGGUAAUAAGCUGGACUUAGACCAAACAUCCGCAACGUCGCAACGAUUACCUCUCUUCGUCGCCCAGUUACCCCCAAGCAGCCAUGGCAGAAGGCGGAUUCAGAGGGUGCUGAUCGCGAAUAGAGGCGAAAUUGCAUGUCGAAUCAUCGCGACUUGUCGGAGACUAGAUCUGACAUCGGUAGCCAUCUAUGCACAAGAAGACUCGUCUUCGCGCCACGUUAGCGAGGCAGAUGAAGCAGUCAAUCUGGGAAGCAUCAACCAGCCCGGAGGAAAUCCAUUCCUGAACAUCCAGCUUCUUGUUGAUGUUGCGCGAUCGAGGGGCGCUGAUGCCAUACAUCCAGGUUAUGGCUACCUCAGCGAAAACAAAGAUUUUGCGGACGCUGUACGUCAAGCUGGGCUGAUCUUUAUUGGACCAAGUUCCCAAGCAAUGUCAACACUGGGCGACAAGCGCAAUUCAAAGGACUACCUGAGGAAACAUGCGCCGAGUGUUCCGCUCAUUCCAGGAUUCACGGGCUCGAGCCAGAAUGUCCAAGAGUUGGAAUCCGCAGCAGAAAAUGUAGGGUUCCCGGUGAUGUUAAAAGCAUCGGCUGGGGGCGGGGGUCGCGGGAUGCGGAUCGUGCGAGAGCGCUCGCAACUUGCGGGUGAGCUUGCUCGUGCACAGUCGGAGGCUCAGCGUUCUUUUGGAUCGAGCGAUUGUAUUCUCGAGAAGUACAUCGAAGCAGCAAAACAUGUCGAGGUCCAGAUCAUUGGUGACAGCCAUGGCAAAGUGCUCUCCUUGUGGGAGAGAGAGUGCUCGGUUCAGCGACGGCACCAGAAGAUCAUCGAAGAGACACCAUCCCCGUUCUUAAAUCCCGAACAAAGGCAGCGAAUGUGCGCAGUUGCUGUGCAAAUAGGCGAGCUCAUUGGGUACGAGGGUGCCGGUACUGUCGAAUUUGUCGUGGACGUUAGAGAUGGAAGUUUCUAUUUCCUCGAAGUCAAUACCCGCCUGCAAGUUGAGCACCCCAUCACGGAAGAGGUGACAGGCCUUGAUAUUGUUUCAUUGCAACUUUUUGUGGCCGCCGGAGGAUCACUCGCCAGCCUUGCCAUCCUACAGGACAUCCCACAGAAGGGCCAUGCUAUCGAGUGCCGGCUCUGCGCGGAGGAUCCAAGCAGCGAUUUUAUGCCUCAGAAUGGUACAAUUCGACUGUGGCGCGAGUCAGACCACUAUCUGGGGUCUAGAGACGUACGGUACGAGACCUCUGUGCAAACCGGGUCCAGUAUUUCCAUCUACUUCGAUUCGAUGAUCGCCAAAAUCGUGGUGUGGGCACCAACAAGAGCCAUGGCAAUCUCGAAAAUGGUCAAGGUGUUGGCGAAUACUGUAUGCGCGGGAGUGAAGACCAACCAACUUUUCCUCCAAGCCUGCCUCUUACACAACAGCUUUCGUGAUCCUGCAUACACGACCUCGCUGAUCCCGACACAUGUGCAGAGUCUGCUGCAGGAUCCCCACGCGGAAUCUGCGCAAGAUAUGAUCUCUAUGCUUUCUCUUGUUCCGGGUCUCGUGUUGAGGGAUGAAGCGUCUCGGUCGACCGAUGCGAGACCUUUCAAGCACGUCUCUCGGGGUUUCAGGAAUCAAUACUUUGAUCCCGUCAAUCGCAGCACAACUAUCAUUGUCCCUUCAGAGCCGUCAUCCGCCCAAACACCGAUCUUGACAACCUGGACCACCGAUGCGCGCGACGACAGUGCCCGCUCCAAAUACCAAGUCACAUUAGUCCCCAUCCCGGCCGAAGAAGACGGUAGUGCCAAAGACACCGCAACCCGCAAUUCUGAGGCGUACCAAAUAUCUCGGCGGUACCACUCCAUCAGCCACAAGCUCCGAGAUCCAUCUCUCGCCAAAGUCCCGCAAUACACUGUCGAAUUUACAAAGUGGAGAGACAUACCACAUACCAUCACCGGUGACAACGCCUGGCGAACAGCAUCAGUAGCCAUAUCCAUCAACCAGUCCAUAAUCCAUGCCCACAUCGCCACAGACACGCCCUCCAACCUGGCUUCCUCUACCGGCUCGUAUCAGACCGUCCUGUGCCACUUCCGCGCUCUGGGUACGUGGAUGGAAUGCAAAUGCUACAGCGUCCUCAACUACAUGGAGAGUCUUCGGCAGAUCGGCGGCGGUGGCGGUGUUUCGGCAUCGUCAAGUUCCAAGGUCAUCAAAUCCCCCAUGCCCUGCAAAGUCCUGUCGGUGCUCAGGUCCAACGGCGACCAGGUCAAGGCCGGCGAGGUCGUCAUGGUCAUUGAGAGUAUGAAGAUGGAGACGAACAUCUGCAUCAACGUGGACGGCAAGUUCAUGACCGGAGUCAAGAAUGGGGAUGCCGUGAAUGAUGGCGCCGUGUUGUGCUGGGUGGAAUAG